ACAAAUACACGCUACCAACGAAAAGAAAUAUAGACUCAAGAUCUCCAUCUAACUUAGCACUAUGAUUACAUUCAUAAGAUUAGAGUAACACCAUUAGCAAAUUCUCUAAACUUUAACUUGAAGACACUGUAGCCUAAAAAAAAACUAAACUACAAUACUUACAGUUUACACAAUGAGAAACCCGGAAGAUUUUGGGCCUCCUGAAAAGAAACAGAAAUUAAAUCCUAUUCAGUUCAACUUCAACUCACAGAAUGGACCAAAGAAAAAUAGCUUUGAAGAAUUGCGGGAUGCCAGGCGAGCUUUGCCCAUCUUCUCUGCAAAACAUAAAAUUGUAUCAGAAAUCAAAAAGUUUCCUUCUGCCAUUGUGAUUGGUGAGACAGGCAGUGGGAAGACAACUCAGAUACCACAGUAUCUUCUAGAAGCAGGUGUUCAUCAAAAUGCCAUUAUUGCCAUUACACAGCCUAGAAGAGUGGCUGCUAUAUCUGUGUCUCAGAGAGUAGCUUUAGAGAAAAAUACCACAAUAGGAAGUUUGGUUGGUUAUUGUGUGAGGUUCGAAGAUGUCACGUCUGCUGGGACGAAGCUCAAAUUCAUGACAGACGGCAUGUUGCUGAGGGAAUCAAUUUUGGACCCCACACUGACACGCUAUUCUAUUAUCAUCCUGGAUGAGGCCCAUGAGCGGACCAUUAACACAGAUGUUCUCUUUGGUGUGGUGAAGGCUGCACAGAGGAGAAGGUUGAAAACUGGUCAGAAGUUAUUGAAGAUUAUUGUAAUGUCAGCUACCAUGGAUGUGGACCAUUUCUCAGAAUAUUUCAACAAGGCCCCAGUCUUGUAUUUGGAAGGAAGACAGUACCCUAUUCAGGUGAUGCACACUAAAGAACCACAAAGUGAUUAUCUCUUUGCAUCUCUGAUCACACUUUUUCAAAUUCACAAAGAGGCUCCAGCAGGAGAUGACAUACUCAUAUUUCUGACUGGUCAAGAGGAAAUUGAGUCUGCUGUCAAAACCAUUAAAGACUUGGCGAGAGAUUUGAAAGACGUCCCACAACUUGUGGUGCUGCCCCUGUAUGCGGCCUUGCCUUCCCAGACACAGAUCAAAGUGUUUGCUAAAACUCCACCAGGUCACAGGAAAGUUGUUGUAGCCACCAAUAUUGCUGAGACAUCCAUCACAAUACAUGGAAUCAAAUAUGUUAUAGACAGUGGCAUGGUGAAAGCUAAAGUGUACAACCCUCAUAGCGGUCUCGACCUUCUCAAAGUCGUCACAGCUUCCAAAGCUCAGGUGCUGCAGAGAACUGGCCGUGCCGGGCGUGAGGCUCCUGGAGUCUGCUACAGGCUGUUCACAGAAUCAGAGUUCCAGAACAUGAGCACCAACACAGUUCCAGAAAUACAAAGGUGUAAUUUGGCCAGUGUGGUGCUACAGUUGAUGGCUCUGGGGAUCUCAGAUGUGUUAACCUUUGACUUUAUGGACAAGCCCGCACCAGAGUCCAUCAAUGCAGCCCUGGAGGAGCUGGUGAUUUUAGGAGCUCUAGAGAGACAAGUGAAUUCAGAUAUACUGAAGCUUACUCCAUUAGGAAAACAGAUGGCAGCUUUCCCUCUAGAUCCAAGAUUUUCUAAAGUCAUACUUUUGGCAAAAGACUACGACUGCCUUGAAGAGAUACUAAGUAUCAUUGCAAUGUUGUCUGCGGAAUCUGUUCUAGUCUCUGUCUCCAAUAAGCGCAAGGAGUGUCUAGAGUCUCAUCAAAAGUUCAUGUCCAGUGAAGGUGACCACAUUAUGUUAUUGAACAUAUACAGAGCGUACAAGUCUGUGAAUGGCAACAAGAGUUGGUGUUUUGAUAACUUUAUCAACUCCACCAACAUGCACAAUGCACAGGAAAUCAGGAAACAGCUGAGGGAGAUUUGUGAGCGGAAUAACAUGACAUUUACCUCCUGUGGGCGGGACACGACAACCAUUAGAAAAUGUCUUGCUGCUGGUUUCUUCAUGAAUGCUGCCGAGUUGUCCAAAGAAGGAGAUUUCCUCACAAUGACCACCAGAACCAAAGUGUCUAUCCACCCAUCUUCAGCUCUGUUCCAAUGUAAACCUGCGUGUGUGGUCUUCACAGAGUUGGUCAAAACAACGAAAUGUUACAUGAGGACUCUGAGUGUAGUUGAUCCAGACUGGCUGUACGAGGCAGCACCAAGUUACUUCAAAAGAAAGAAAACUUCAGCCAUCUCUUAACGCUUUAGUUGAACCGAGGAUUAGUUAGGUGUAUAUAGUAUUACAUUGCUCAGAUAUCUUUCUAGAGGACACUCCCCAGUGUAGGAAAAGUGAUUGAACUUUUGUUUUGAAAGUGUGUUAUACAAGUCAAGUCUUGUGAAAUGAAAUUAUUUUGGGAAGUAUGUCAGAAUGUCAGUGAGACUGGUCAAUGGUAGCAGGGUUUGAAAGAAAAUGUAAUCAGAUGAUCUGAAUGGUAGGAUGAAUGGAAAGCAUUGUGUUCAAAGAUGGUGCUGUUACUGGUCUGAAAGACUUUUCAAGUCUGUUUUUGUACAUUACUGUUUACAGAUCCAUACACAUUUGUUUCUGUCUUUAUGAGAAAAUUAAUAAAAUGUAUUUAAAAAAUAAUAUGCAACGUCUUAAUUUUCUUAGUAUCCUGAGUACUUGUAUUCAUCAGUUUUAUAUUUAGUAUAUCUGAGCAAGUUUCUUACUUGUAUUCAUCAGUAUACCUGCGGGUGGCUGAGUGGUUAAGCGCUUGGCUUCAGAACCUGAGGUCCUGGGUUCGAAUAUCAGUGAAGACUGAUUUUUAAUUUGGGGAUUUUUUUUAGGUGCCCUCGAGUUCACCCAACUCUAAUGGGUACCUGACUGGGAAAGUAAAGGUGGUUGGUUAUUGUGCUGGCCACAUAACACCCUUCUCAUUAACUGUUGGCCUAUGAAACAGAUGAUCUUAAAAUCAUCUUCCCCUUAAAUCGCAAGGUCUGAAAGAGGAACUUUACUUACUUUAUUCAUCAGUAUUACAUUUUGUUUCUUAGAUCAGUGUUUCCCAAACUUUUGACCUAUGUGUACCCCUUUUAUAAUUUUUGUAAUGCUGAGUAAACCACUCCCCCACCCCCAUCACACUUUUAUUUAUUAACAUAACAUAGUAACUGGCUAAUUUUAAAAAUCUGCAUAGUUAACAAGGUGCAACGUGUACCGCUGGGGGUACGCAUACCCCACUUUUGGGACACACUGCCUUAGACCAUCAUGUCCAAAAGUGUUUCUUCUAGAGUCUGAUAUGGAAAGUGAAUAUCAAAGAUAACUGGAGUCCUCUUGGUUCAGAUGGUACACUCUACAUAUAAAUAGUGGAACUAAGUUUGUUGCCUCUUCCUGUAACUGAAUAAUAGAUUACAGCAAAUAGACCCAGGUCUUCAGUAGGGACCUAGGUCUUCAGUAGAAUACAGUCUAAUACUUUGUAUUGCACCUUAACAAAGACCAAUGCUCAUGAAUUUGUUUUAUAAAAUGUAUUGAACCAGCAUGUAGAUAAAAAUAAAAUUUCAAGUCACAAUUGUACA